UUUGCAAUACGGCAGAAUGAAAAACAGUGACUUGGCCCAUGCCAGAUCCCUACUUUCCAUCACUGUAUGUCUUGCUGCAUAUGAAUACUUGAAGAAACCAAGGAAAUCCAAAAAGGAAAACAUGGGUGAAAUCCUGGAUGGCAAGAAAAGAAAGGAGUGUCUACAACAACUUAGUAGCAGAAAUAGUACUUGAAGAUACUCAGGGGUUCUUUGAUUUCCACUGAAUGCCCAAAGAGUGCUUCAAUGAACUUCUCCAACUCGUAUCUCCGUUGAUUGAGAAGCAGGAUACCAAACUCCGGAAAGCAAUACCAGCCCAGCAACGCCUGUCUGUCAUGCUCUGGUACUUAGCUACAGGUGAAUCACGGAGAUCCUUGGAGUUCCAGUACCGAAUCAGCCAUAAUAUAAUAUCAGAAAUUAUUCCACAAGUCUGUAGAGCUCUACGUGCAGUUCUUAAGGACAAGUACUUGAAUUUGCCAACAACUACAGACCAGUGGGAAAAUGUAGCAAGUGAAUAUUAUAGGCUGUGGAACUUCCCAUUGUGUAUAGGGGCCAUGGAUGGAAAACGGUUCCUUGUGAGGAAACCACCCAAUUCUGGCUCCGAGUAUUAUGACUAUAAGUUACACCACAGUAUCAUCAUGCUUGCUGUAGUUGAUGCGCACUAUAAUUUCUUAUAUGUGGAUGUGGGUACCCAAGGUCGUGUUAGUGAUGCAGGUGUAUGGGAUCGCUGUUCACUUAACAACUAUCUACAGGAGAACAAGCUGCAAGUGCCUGAUUCCACAGUAUUGCCGUUUACUACCUCCAAGUCCCCUUAUGUUCUCGUUGGGGAUGAUGCAUUUCAUUAAAAACAUUUCUCAUGAAGCCUUAUGCAGGUAAAGAUGUACCAAUGCUUGAAAAAUUUUUCAAUUAUAGACUUUCGCGUGCACGACGUGUAGCUGAAAAUGCUUUUGGUCUUUUGACAUCAAAAUUUAGAGUAUUUUUGCAGCCCAUUAUUUCAAAGCCAGAGUAUGUCAAAGAUAUAAUUUUUGCUGCUGUGGGAAGACACUGAGAGAGGUGUGAUGAGGCUAGGAUCAUGGGAGGAGUUGCAAGGCAGGGGAGUUGGAAGGCUGGAGGCAACUGCUAGGAACCCAACCCAGGAGGCUAAAAGAGUUACAGACACCUUCAAGGAGUAUUUCAUGAACAGAGGAAGGGUAGAUUGGCAGGAAAGAAUGGCGCUGUAUCAUUGAAAGGAAGACACUUAUUGUAAGCCCUAUUGUCUUUAAUCUUAAUACUAACUUUACCGAUGUGUAUGACAGCAAUUUCAGUAGAAGUAAUAAUAGUAGUAGUAGUAACAUUAUUUAGUAGUUCAGCAGUGGCACCCCAAUUGUGUUUCUUCAUCUUUUAAAAAGACACUAGUACUAUGUUCAAAGAAAUAUAAACCAAAAUGCCUUU